CAUAAGAGUUUGUCAAACUGAAAUCUGUCCCUACUUCUUGUUUUGCCAACUUUAUCUCUGGAUACUUAUGUUGGGCACUUAUGUUCUGGUUACUUAUUUCAGCGACUCCUUGCUGAAAUAGUUCAAGCAUUAAUUUACAGGAAGAAUAUGUGGGAAAGGUUCUGUUUUCUCAGAAAAGCCCUGCAUGACAAUCCAAGCGCACGGUGAGCUUGCUGAAAUAUCCAUUAACUUGCCAGGAAGGAACCAUUGUAACGCCCCUGGGCAUUUUAUCCUCUGGAGGGAGGUUGUGUGUACACUUGGUUAGCCUGUGGUGAGUUGGGAGGGGGCUGGUCAUAAUUCAGGCCACAUAGGAGCCGUCGUCUGCCCGGUGUCUCUGGACAGGCUUAGAGUCGUGUCAUUGGUCGUGAGGGAGGAAUGGGCAGGACAGGCCUACCCCUAGUGCAAAUCUUUCACAACUACACUACUAAAAAUAACUCAAGUGCGUGUCCCUGGAACAGUAGUGUUACUGCAUACUGUCAUUGCAUACCAAUCAAGUUGUAGAACUCUUGGUAAAAUUUCACCAUUUGUGGUCAGCAGUAUUUUAGAAUCCUUCUUCAAAUAUAAGGAGAGACUGGCAUAUUUGUAGCAGGAGGAAGACAGCUCUAUAGGAACACACCAUUUAUUGAGGGGUGCAAGAACAGAAUUUUGUGAAACGCUGAAGCAAGAAAUUAACCUGGCUCAAAACAGUCAGAUGUUAGAACACAGGUAGGAGACCCUUUCACAGUUGUGUCAGAUAUAGGGCACCUACAAAAUGUCUCAGUAGCCAUAGAUAUGUUUGUUCCUCAUUCCUUCUUUCACUUCUUAUUAACUCCCAAUCCUGAAACCUACCCCACUCAGGAACGGCAUGGUAAUGCCAGGCCUUCCGCAGCAUCUCAAAUCAGACAUCUAAAGUCAUCUCUCUCUCUCUUUUUUAAAACUAAUUUUAUUUAUUUUUGGCUGUUCUGGGUCUUCAUUGUGGCUUCAUGUAGUUGUGGCGAGCAGGGGCGGGAGGCGGGAUACUCUGUAUUUCGCAGUGCACCGGCCUCUCACUGGGGGGGCUUCUCUGGAGUGCACGGGCGUCAGGAGCUGCAGCAAAUGGGCUCAGCACUUGUGCUUCCUGGGUUCUAAAGCACUGGCUCAAGGGUUUAGUUUCUCCGAGGUAUGUGGGAUCCUCCUGGACCAGGGAUCAAACCCACGUCUCCUGCUUUGGCCGGCAGAUUCUUUACCAUUGCCACCAGGGAAGCCCUGAAGUCAUCUCUUAACAGCCGAAACAGUCAUUGUUAUUUUACAUUUUGGCACCAACGAAAAUCUAGAAAAAAAUUCUAGAUUCCUUACCCAUAAAGACAGUUGUAGUCUCUGAUCUUUGAAAAGUUUCCCCUUUUAAGGUAGGUUGAUUACUUACCAUGAAUGAUGUUACAUUCAGAGAAACUCUGGAGUUCAGUUUUAAGGCAUAAGAAUCGAAACUGUGAAUAACAGCAAAUCCCUCUGCACCUGCCACUUUCUUUAAAAAAAUAAAAUCCAUCGCCAGUCUUUAGUAGCUAGCAACUGUGUAUGUUUAAUGAUUUAGUAGUCUUUAGAUCUUGCAGCUAUUAAAUUUUAUCAUUUAAAUUCUCUUUUUAUUUGUCUCUAAUUUUCCUGAGACCAAUCUUUAUUUUCAUCAGACACACAUAGAUGUUUCAGAGACUUUACUCUUGCCCUCAGUGUCUAGAAUUUAAGUUAAAUGGCCAUUCAGUGAUACUCACUUUAUUAUAAAUGAAUCCAGUCUGUCCCCAGACCUCUGCUAGAGAUUGCAGGUGUAAGAAAGGGGCCAAUAAGCCACCUGAUCUGGGAGCAGACGCUGGGGAAAUUUCAUUUUAGGCAGAGGCAAACUGUAAGAAAGAAAACAGACUGCCCUUAAUGUGCACUUAUUAACUGAGACAAAUCUACAUUAAAAAACAUUUUGGAGGCUCAUAGGACAGAUAUUUCAGUGGAGGAAUUUAUGCAAUGCUUUCACUAUUUUAGGAUGUCUAGAAAAAAUUGUAAAAUGAUUUCUUAGACAUUCCACAUACCCUUUUUCUUGGUAUUAGAAAAUGACUAUCAUUAGAAACUAUAGUAAGUUAUCACCUGUCAUUUGUUCAGUUAUUCUCCUUUUGAUAGAGUGUCUAAAACAACACUUCUGAAUUUCUUCCACAUAUUAAAUCAUUUAUACUGACUUAGUUGAGAUUUAACACAAGGGAAGAACUUUCUCUUUCAGUGAACUUCCCAACAGCAAGUGAGAAACCAGAACUCUUUCCCUCACUGCUAGAUACACUUGCUGUUAUCACUCUUAUUUUCUGUGGGAAUGUCCAAAGAAUGCACUUCCUUGAAUAGAAGUCACAGCUGUGUAAAUAGCAAAAAGUGACUUUUUAUAGCUUCUUUCAACCACAUUUGGCCAGGAGGCCAAGGCUGCACAGAUAAAGCUGCAGACAUGUUCGUUUUCCAGGUGCAUCAGGGGCCUGCAGAAGAGCAUGCUCCUGGCCAGCGCAUCUCGUCAAAGCCACUGUCAGCAGUCCAACACUGUGCUGUUCUCUUAGCAUCCCAGCCAGUUGUGUGCGUCUGUGUCUUAAAUAUUCAGGUGCAUUUGCCUGGGUAACAGUUACGGGUUGGAAAAUGUGCAGUGAUAUUUCAACCCAUAUCCUUUUAGAAAUAUUUUAUUUUAAUCCCCAAGUUUGAGCUUUUAUGUAGGAGCUGUGAUGUUUCAAAGUCAGAAAUAAGGGGAAAUGCAUUCCGUGCCUUAGUGAUCUAGAUCAGGGUUGGUCAACUUUUUCUUGCCUUUUUUUAACUUAAUUUUUUAUUUUAUUAAUUAAUAUCCUGGGGUAUGAGUGGUGGUUUACAAUAUUGUGUCAGUGUCAAAUAUACAGCACAAGUGACUCAAUCAUACCUGUACGUAUAGCCAGUUUUUCAGAUUGUUUUCCAGUAUAGUUUAUUACAGUGUUGAUUAGCGUUCCCAGUGCUACACAGUAGAUCUUUGUUGAUUAUUUACUAUAUAGUGGUGCAUAUGUAUCAAUCCCAAACUCCUAACGUAUCCCUCCCCAACCCCCCUUCCCCUUUCCCCUUUGAUAACUAUAAAUUUGUUCUCUAAGUCUGUGAGUCUGUUUUCUGUUUUGUAAGAUUGUAAAUAUUUGAGGCUUUGAGGGCUGUGAGGUAAAAACAGAAGAUACUGGUAGUACUCUCAACCAUUUAGAAUGUCUCCGUUGGAAAUGUAAAACCAUUUUUGGCUCCUGGGCCACACAGAGGCAAGCAGGGGCUGCCGCUGGCCCAGGCCCUCUGUUUGCCUGCCUUUGUCCCUCCUUCACCAUCACCCGCCCUCUUUACUGUCUUCCAGGCCCAUGCCUGGGGGCUACGGAGUGAUGGGGGACGAUGGGGCCAUGGACUACAGCGUCCACGAGGCCUGGAAUGAAGCUACCAACGUGUACCUGGUGGUGAUCCUCGUCAGCUUCGGGCUCUUCAUGUAUGCCAAGAGGAAUAAAAGGAAAAUUAUGAGGAUAUUCAGUCUGCCACCUCCAGCAGAAACUCUGUCAGAGCCCAACUUUUAUGACACAAUAAGCAAAAUUCGUUUAAGACAGCAACUAGAAAUGUACUCCAUUUCCAGGAAGUAUGACUACCAGCAGCCGCAGAGCCAAGCUGACAGUGUGCAGCUCUCGCUGGAAUGAAAUCUCGGAAAAUCAGCGGCAUAAAUGCUUGUUGUUCAAGAGUGCAGUCUCCUCCCGCUACUGAAUCAUGGCCAGCGUUUUGGGGUGUUUUUUUUUAACUUCUGUCUCCAUAAAAUCACUUUGUGACUUUCCCCCCAAUUUUCUGGUGUGUUUGGUUUCGCUUUUUAAAAUUUCAUCUCCAAAUCAUUUGUUCAACAAAUUGAAAAUACCUCCAAGGGCCUGAACACAGAGAGUCUGGGAAGGUAAACGGUCACCAGAGAUGGCGAUCUUACCUUGUGAAGACCUGCAAGUCCUUCAGAAUGCAAUCAGGAGCAAAAGCACAAGAGUCUGGAGCCUAGGCCACUUCUGAACUUUUUCGCAAAAUUAAAAAAUAAAAAUCAAAUCAUUGAAAGAACUUCCUCUUCGAUUGUGCCGUGGGAUAAAUGUCAUAUGGAUAAGGGACUAACUAGCUUGUAUUCUUGUGGCUGUUGUUACCUGAGAUUGAAUUAGCCAUCUUUGCUUCUUCAGGAGUCACACAGGAGACUGUCUUUUCUGCACCGUGAAAUCCUGAUGCACACCCCCCUCUAGUUGUGGAAAUUUCCUGGGACUGAAGUUCAUUCCCCUUCAUGGUGUUCCCACAAGUUCCUUCCCCCAGAAGAGUCUUUUUCUAGCCAUGCCAGGGCCGUGCUGCUGAAUACAUGGGCACCUCUAACUGGUGCCAGCUACUUGCUUUGGGAUCUUAUGACUACAAAUGUUUCACUGUCUAGCUUCUUGGGCUUUUUUUUUUUAACCGUAAUAAGCUUCCGUAUAGACUCAUAUCUUGUACCAUUUUUGUGUGGAAAACUUCAUGCUGAAAACACUGAAAUGUUUUUGCCCAGUUUUUCAUAUUUAUUUAAAUAAAAACUGAUUGGAGGCAAUAGCAGGUACAUUUAACCGUCCAUAUAACUGUUCAAGAAUUUGUUUUCAGACUUCCCUGGUGGUCCAGUGGCUUAGACUCCAUGCAGCCAAUGCAGGGAGCCCAGGAUUCAAUCCCCUGUCAGGCAACUGGAUCCCACAUGCCACAGCUAAAGAUCUCGAAUGCUGCAGCUGAGACCCAGAGCAGCCAAAUAAACAUUAAAAAAGGGAAAGAAUUUGUUUUUGAAUCAAAAUGCAAUUUGAAAAGAGUUAAUAUUUUAAAUAUUAUUGCCUUUUCCUUUACAAUUAUGAAGUAAAGAAUAUAAAUUUUA